UAUCGUCCGUCGCGCUCCCCCGCACGCGGCCCCUCUCCCGUAGCCCUUCAGCUUGUCGCUCCAGAUCAGCGGUCGGGACCGAAACAGAGACUCGCUCACUCUCACGCUCCUGCCAGCGGCGGUCCGGUGUGAGGGGGCAGGGAGAAGCGCUACUCUCCAGCGGGAUUCAAGGCAGUUUCCAGCAGUCUCUUCCAGGAGGAUGGACGCAGACAUGUGUUUUGAAUCCGUGUUUUAACCUUUAGCAACGGGAGUUUGUCCUACUUUUAUAGAGGAUUGAAGCAAAGACGGCUCGGAUCUGCGUGAACUUCAGCCGCGUUUGGAAGCGGUGAGCAGCGGGACGUUUCUUCUGAAGGUCGAGUAAUGGACGGUGUUUCUCAAACACCCUUCUCGUAGUCCACGGUGUGUGUGUAUGUGAGCAGAGCUGGACACUGCUGUGGGACUCUGGGGAUGAGUAAAGUCUCCAUACGUCCAGGAUCUCUGCAGCUUCUAGGAGCCGCUCUCCAGGCAUCUGUGCAAGAGUGUGUGUCCUGGUCGGGUGUUCACCAUGGCUCUAGUUCAGGCACUGCCUGUACCCACUGAUCACCCAAAGCCCAGUACUGACGUCCAGCAGUGCUGCUCAGUGUCUCACUCCCCCACAGUAGAUGUCACUGGCACCAUGGGUUCUGUCAGCAGCCUCAUCUCUGGACGUACCUACCAGGAACGCCACUGUCGAGCCGCCAGUGACUUUGGUGCCAGAUAUCGCAAACCCACACCAGCUACAAGCUGUUUUCGACAACAAGAGGGCACACUGCGCAGCUCCAGCUCACAGGAGCAGCUUCUGAACAGUCAGCCUCCUCUACCCGCUAAGAACAAGUCUUCUGCCCUCAUCUCGGCUGGCAAUGGCAACUAUGGCUAUUUGAGUGAUGAGCCAGUGGGUGAUUGGAAUGAUAAUCACGUGAGCACAUGCAGCCCAUCCAGUGACACUGAAGAACCUUCUGAUAACAGAGGCAUGAAUGGUAACAUCGGUGGACCUCCGCCAAAACUCGUCCCAGUGUCAGGCAGGUUGGAAAAGAGUAUGGAGAAAAUACUGAUCCGGCCCACUGCCUUUAAGCCUGUUUUGCCAAAGAACCGCAACUCUGUGCAGUACCUGUCUCCAAGAUCAGGAGGCAGUCUGUCUGAAAGCCAGGGCAGUCUCAAUCUCCUGCUUCCUGGCACUGGAGCAGGAUCGGGCUGUCAGGAGAAGCGCAACUCAUACAGUGGGGGACGCAAUGCACGGAGUAGCCAGUCCUGCACCAUGUCAGACUCAGGCCGCAACUCCCUCUCCAGCCUACCGACCUACAGCAGCACAGGGUACAGCCUGACACAGAGUGAGGUACCUAAUGGGCACAUGGAAACCACACGCUCUGGCGUUGGCCACGGACACUCUAAUUCUGACAGUGGACGAUCCUCAUCCAGUAAGAGUACAGGGUCUUUAAGUGGGCGUGGCCAGCCCCUCUCGGACAGCGGUUCAUGUGGCCGCUCCCCAGCUCCAGGAGAAGGAUAUGAAGGUGUCAUUCGGGAACUUGAGGAGAAGCUGAGGGAAAGAGACUUGGAGCUGCAGCAACUCAGGGACAACCUGGAUGAAAAUGAGGCAGCCAUAUGUCAGGUGUAUGAGGAGAAACAGAAGCGCUGUGAGCAAGAAAUGGAGGAUCUUCGGCAGAGCUGUGCAUCAAAAAUGAAGCAGGUGCAGCUGAAGGCACAACGUGCUCAGCAGGUUCUACAGUUGCAGGUGUUUCAACUGCAGCAGGAGAAAAAGAAAUUACAGGAGGACUUCUCCCAACUGCUGCAGGAACGGGAGGCAUUGGAAAAGAGAUGUGCCUCCUUUGAGAGGGAGCAGACUCAAUUUGGCCCUCGUCUAGAGGAGACAAAGUGGGAGGUGUGUCAGAAAUCAGGGGAGAUCUCUUUGCUAAAACAGCAGCUGAAGGAUGUACAGGCAGAUCUUGGCCAGAAGGCCAGUGAAAUUGUUGCUUUGAAGGCCCAGUUGAGAGAGGCUCGUUCUGAGCUUCAAGCUAGCCAGGCUCGCUCUCAGGAAGCCCACGCCACAGCUCGCACACGCACACUUGAACUGGAGGUUUGCGAAAAUGAGUUGCAACGCCGUAAAAGUGAAGCUGAGCUCCUUCGGGAGAAGAUGGGUCGUUUGGAAGAAGAGUCCCUUCGUCUUAAAGAAGCUAUGGCUGUGCCCACACCCCAAACUCUUCCUUCUAAGGGCCAAUCCAUGAGCUUGCCACUCCCCCAAAGCCGUGGGGGGAUUGGUCAUGGGAUAAGCCCUGCUUUCCGGGACAACAGCAGUGAAGAGCAACUUCUUGCAUAUGAGAGUGAUGAAGCAAAGGCACAGCGCCAGAGCGUAGAUGUGCUUCAUGGUCUCCGUCAGCAGGUGGACCGCCUUCGGGCAGAGCUGAUGUAUGAGAGGAGGCGAAGCGAAGACCAGCUUGAGGGCUUUGAGGAUGAACGCAGGGUGUGGCAGGAAGAAAAAGACAAGGUGAUUCGUUACCAGAAGCAGCUGCAGCAGAACUACAUCCAGAUGUACCGCAGAAACCGCGACCUUGAGCGUGUGAUGAGGGAACUUAGUCUGGAGCUGGAAAACAGGGACAUGGAGGAGUUUGACAUGCGUAGCAACGAGAUCCAUUUUGAAGAGAUAACUGCCACUGAAAUCUAACCCACAUCUCCACUGUGCUUGUAAGAAGCACCAGUCUUCUUCACUGCAGUGUCAUUUGGCAUGCUUCUAUAUACUAUUUCAAAAAGAAUAAUGUUCAAGCCGUUAUUAUUGUCAUAUCCACAGAGGCCAAUAACACAGGGAAUGUUUGUAUUUAGACAUCUUUAUGAUCACUUCCUGCCUCAGAAACCUGUGUGGGACCUCAGAUGAAUGUACAAUUACUGUGUCCUGCAGUUAAUUGGUGCCACUGGCGAAGGGAAGGAUGUACUCAAAGAUGGUGCGUUGUUCCUAGUUCCUUUUCCCACAAAAAAUUCACGAAAGAUACGUUUUAACCAUUCUGAACGACAAUAAGUUGCAAUGAACAGCAAGAUGUGACAGAGCAACCAAAGAAGUUUAUAACAUUGCAUGCUAGAAUGCAUCUUUUGUGAACUACAUGGAAACUGCUUGUCAAGCCUAACUGCUACAGUAAAUUGGCUACUGUGGGCUGCAGACAAUGAAAGGCUUAUCUUUAAUUAAAUAGGACUAACAAGAGAAUAUAUAAUACUUUUAAGAGUUUCUAUUGAAUACUCCAAUAAUAAUGUAACAUUUUGUUUCUAGUUAAAAAUUGAUUGGCAGCCUUAAUUACAAUCUCUCCUUAGCUAAGCUAAAUAACUUACACACAGAAAAGACUUGGCAAAAAAAAAAAAA